GAGAACAACGAACUUAAAGAGAUCGUCGAACUAAUGUCGGGAGCCAUUUCCUGGGAGGGAGACGCACUGCAAAACAAUGCAAAGAAAGAAUAUACCUAUGCCAAGAUAUCCGCCAAGUUAUCACGAACUCCACUGCAAAUCAAGAAUUUCUGUUAUCCCGGGGAAACUCGACCGAGACCCAAAGCGCGGUUCAAUAAAAUGGCGAUUGAAAGUUUGUUGUCAAGCCAGGGAAUCCAUGACCAUCACGCCAACGAUAAGACGGUGAUUGGGAUGUUGGCAGAACAGAGAACCCACGACGAUCAU